AUGGCACCGAAUCUAAAAUCAGUUGUUUCCAAAAACAUCCGUGAUCACACUACACAAACAAUCCUCAGAAAAGCCUUGGAAGAAAAAGAUGGAAAGUCCCUUGAGCAAUCACCAGAGACCGCGGCUAUGGUCCGUGACUGGGAGAUUCUCGGCGAGAAAAGGGGAAGACAGGGUCUAGAGACUGUUGAUAAGGCUAUACAGGAGAAGAAGCCAGAUGUUGAUGGUAUGACGGAUGAAGAGCUGAGUCGAAUCAGCAUACAUAUUUCGUCGGUUGAAGAAGAAGACGGUGAACAGUCGGAUGAGAAAGUGAAGGAUGAGGAGACGGCCAAGUUUGAUGAGUAUAAGCAUCAUCAGUUUAUACAAAGAUGGGGGUUAUUUCAAGACUCGGAUGGGCGUGAUGAGGAGUGGUUCGUCACUGAUCCGCCUAUCCUUGAAGAGGCGGAUCCUGAAUAUCUGUGCGAUAUGUGUCGACACAUUGACUUCAAAGUCCUUCUAUCACAACGAGACUUACCGGGAAAUCAACUACCAGGACAGUCCCGCAUCUCAGUUUACGGCAUUCCCAUGGUUAUGGACGAGAACAGUUGUUGUUCUUUUUGCAGACUCAUUCGAAAGAGGGUUAUUCAGGAUGGGAUACUCGCGAAUGUUCAUCCUGAAGAUUGGCCGGGGAUGCAAUUGAGUAUCAGUACCCUGGAUGAUGGACCGAAGCUUCCUCUGAGAUUGGAAGUCGAAUUCUCAGAUCUUGAUCGGUCAAAAGUUUCAAGAUUGGUGAUACAUCCAGUUGAACCUAUGGAGAGUCAAUCGAAGCCUCUUCAGGGUCUUGUGGUUCGGAAGGACUCUGCUGAUAUAUCUCGCCUUCGAGAGUGGCUUCAGACAUGCAACAAGGAUCAUAAAUCAACAGAAGCUGACUCUACUGAAUAUCUCAAGCCUCUCAUGGGCACACUGCGAGUCAUAGAUACUGUCGACAACUGCGUGAAGGAGGUUGACACUCCUUGCGACUACAUCUGCCUUUCUUAUGUCUGGGGAACUGGUAGCCAGACACAAUACACUACCAAAACAAGAGGCCAGCUCAGCAAGCCUGGAGGUCUGGGGCACGCCGAGCUUCCGCAAACUGUUCUUGAUGCCAUCAAGGUCACAAAGGAGCUCGGUAUCCGUUACAUCUGGAUUGAUGCUCUGUGUAUCAUGCAAGAUGACAAGGACGACAAAGCUAGGAUAAUCUCUAACAUGGGAACUAUCUACGCCAAUGCAACGUUAUCAAUCAUGGCUUCUUCCAACGUCAACCCCACCGACGGACUGCCGGGCGUUGGUGUCCCUCGAUCACAGGAGCAGAGCAUCGAAACGCUCCAGGGACUUACUCUUGCCGUUGCAUUCCAAGAUGCCAGACAAAAGUAUUCUGAUAUCGAGGAUAAACUCUGGAAUACCAGAGCGUGGACGUUCCAAGAACGAGUCCUCUCAAGGCGAUCAGUCUACUUCACCGACUCUCAAAUGUGCUUUGUCUGUCCCCACGGAGCCUGCUUCGAGGAUACCGUUCCUGUCUCUAACCCCAUUUCAUACACGAUCACGUCUUUCAAUGAACACCUCCAACUAACAUCUCGAAUCCACAACUUGUGGAUUCGCAUAUGGUCUGAUCCAACUCAAGCCGCAUAUAUCAACAAAGCUUUCGCGACAGAAGAUGACGUGACGAUUUUUAUCGGCGAGGACCCAACUACUGGCGAAGCUUCAGAGGACGGUGCUCCGUUGUACAAGUCUAGAGCCAUUCCGAGUUCAGAUACAAUCGAUGCACCUCUCAUCAAGGGAUAUACACUCUGGGAAGCGUACGCUCACGCUGUUGAUGCUUAUACAAGGAGAAACAUGACUUGGCAGUCCGACGCCGUCAACGCCUUUAUCGGUAUUGCAGACCUUAUUCGUCGCGGGACAAAUACCAAGUUCUGGCACGCUAUGCCUGAAUUUGCUCUUACGCGAUCUCUCUUAUGGUACCCCAAAGAACCCCUUUCUCGAAGACGAUCACCAGAUGGAAAGAUUUUGUUUCCCAGUUGGUCCUGGGCAGCUUGGCAGGGGCACGUUGCGUACCGUGGCAGAGGUUUCCACAACGCCGUGUGUUAUGAGCCAGUUAGUAUGAUAAUGUGGCUGAAGUCAGCUACAGUUGACGAAUUCAUGGAGAAGUUUGUACAAGUGGAGAGAACACAGAAGGAAAUCGACGAGAAGAGACGCCAGGCUGAGAAUUCACGGCUUUUGUUGCACAAGACUGAUUUGUGGUCGCUUUUGCAUAUUGACUGCUACGAGCAUGGAUGGGCGGUAGAGCACAAUGAGGACCGAAAUCAGCAUCUCUUCGUGCACGAUGCGUAUCCGGGCAUGAAAUUUGAGUUUCCGAUUAAUCUUCCUGACGAGCCUAUCGUGGAGUUGCCUUUCGAAGACACUUUGUACUUUCGUGCAAAAGCGGUGUCAGUUCGACUAUGUGAUAAGCCAUCUGAGUCUUAUUUGGCAUCGCCUAUACAGGAUAACUUCAUCCAGAUAGGGGUCAACGAUGAGGAUCGAUCAGCCAACGACCGUCGACCGUGGCAGCGUAUCCUCUACCAUCAAGGAUACCGCGCAGGAAGCUUGAGCCUCAACGUCUCGCUUGAACAUCUCAACAUCCCCUCAACAGCUGAAGAAGUCCAGAGUUCACCGGUGAAAUACAUCCUCGUGGCCAUAUCUCGCGACAGUCUUCCGUAUAUUGCCCCUCCGCCCAUUGGCUGGGAAAUGUACUGGGAUGGCGAUCCAAUGAGAAUGCAGUACGAGCUUCUUCAAGAUGAGUGGCUACAGCGCAGGCGCUUACCUGAAGCACCUGAUGAGAGUGUGAAGCCAAGUGGUGAGAAGGUUAAUGAAACUGGAGAUCCACGAUGGGAUAUAGGUCGCUUUGGAACUACCACUAUAUUGGAUGUUUGUAACGUGCUGUUGCUUAGAGAGACGAGGGAUGGAGUAUCUGAGAGGGUUGGCGUUGGGAAGAUCCAUUACUUGGCGUUCUUUGCGGCGAAGCCUGAGCCUGAUGUAUUCUAUUUGAGAUGA